ACAGACACACACAGAGACACAGACACACAGACACACACACACAGACAGGCCUCUCGCCAGCGCCGGGCCCCUGCGCUCACUGUCUGCGACAAGAUGUCGGAACGGAAGGUUUUGAAUAAAUACUACCCCCCAGACUUUGAUCCGUCAAAGAUCCCAAAACUCAAACUUCCGAAAGAUCGUCAGUAUGUGGUGCGACUGAUGGCUCCUUUCAACAUGAGGUGUAAGACAUGUGGAGAGUACAUUUACAAAGGGAAGAAAUUCAAUGCACGGAAGGAGACGGUGCAGAACGAGACCUACUUGGGACUCCCCAUCUUCCGUUUCUACAUCAAGUGCACACGGUGUCUGGCAGAAAUUACAUUCAAAACCGAUCCAGAGAACACGGAUUACUUCAUGGAGCACGGAGCAACGCGCAACUUUCAGGCGGAAGCGCUGCUCGAACAAGAGGAAAAACGUCUACAGAAGGAACGGGAGGAUGAGGAGCUGAACAACCCGAUGAAGGUGCUGGAGAACAGGACAAAAGAUUCCAAGCUGGAGAUGGAGGUUCUGGAGAACCUGCAGGAGCUGAAGGAGUUAAACCAGCGUCAGGCCAACGUGGACUUUGAGGGCAUGUUACAGAAGUAUCAGAAAUUUGAGGAGGAACAGAAACAGCGGCAACAGGAGGAGGACGAGCAAGAGACAAAGUCCAUGUUGGAAAUUGCACAGCAAAAGAGAAUUCUGGAUGACUCAGACUCAGACGAGGAGGUGCCCAAACCAGUUCACAACCAGAAGGUGCGAUCCACGCUCAAGCCCACAGAUAUCCUCAGUGAACAGAAACCGGAUCAUCAGAAUAAGAAACUGAAGCCGGAGAGCUGGGAAAGGAGCGUGGGAACGCUGAGCGGAAAAACCCGUCUCUCUGGGCUGGUGGUGAAGAAACCAUCAGGGAUGAAAGUGAAUCCAGGAAAAGAAACCGGGAAACAAGAAGGCUGUGCAACGAGCAAUGGUGCUGGAGAUCGGAAUUCAGCUCCGGGUCCUCCAGAAAGGCACUCGUCAGCAAGCGGCAGUUCCUCGCUCAGUCUCCUGGGGGCCUACUCUGACAGUGAGGAGAGCAGCGAGUGACAGCCGCUCACUUUCCCAGCAGGGCUGCUCUGGUACUUUUGAGAAAGUCUUCACCGUUAUGAGAACUUGCCUUAUGUGUGUUAAGCGUCCUUGAGACGCCAACCGGCGUGAAGGGCGCUAUGUAAAUGCAAGUUGUUGUUGUGUGUUUUCCCUG